GCGGUUCAGGUAGGGGUAGCGAGGCACCUGCGGGGCGGAGUCUACUCAGGCCGGACCGGCCGUUUCGCCUGCGUGUCGUCUCACAGGCUUCGGAGCGGCAGCCAGGAGUCUCGCUUCCGAGCUGGGAUCGCUCGCCCCUUCCAGCAUGGCUCUGGAAAGCGGCCACAGGAGGACGAGCACUUCCCUGGAGACGGCCUUAGCUGAGUGCACAGAGGCACUGAACUGUUUCCUGCAUAACCAGUUCAGUGAGAGCUUGGAAAUGCUGCAGCCCAGAACUGGAGAGAGCAUGUACCAUGCCUUAAUUUAUGCCACCAUCCUGGAGAUGCAAGCCAUGAUGACCUUUGAACAUGACGAUAUUGUCCAUGCGGGGCACACCAUGAAAGAAGCCCAGGAGAUCUGUCAGAGAUUUCGGAGGAAAACCACUGUGACUGGUACCUUCUCUAGUCGGCAAGGUGGAGAUGCUUGUACAGAAGAGGAACUGCAUGCUGAAGUGUGCUAUGCUGAAUGCUUAUUGCACCGGGCAGCCCUCACCUUCCUCCAGGAUGAAAACAUGGUGAAUUUCAUAAAAGGAGGAAUCAAGGUGCGUAGCAGCUAUCUCAUCUACAGAGAGCUGAACACUUUCAUCCAACCGAGUCACUUGCCUACAAGCCCUGUUCGCAUCCAUCUGGAGGGGGGGAUUGCUCUUGGCAUUGGUGCCUUCAACUUGACUCUCUCUCUCUUUCCACCCCGGAUUCUGAGACUUCUGGAAUUUGCUGGGUUUUCAGGGGACAAGGAUUAUGGUUUGCAAAAACUACAUCAGGGAGCCACCACACCCAACCUGCGGGCUCUACUUUGCACAAUGUUGCUUCUCUGCUACUAUACUUUCCUUACCUUCAUUUUAGGGAUUGGUGAAGAUGAUUUCACAGAGGCUGAGGCCCUACUGAAGCCAUACCUCUCCUGCUACCCCCAGAGUGCCAUUUUCUUGUUCUUUGCUGGGAGGAUAGAGGAAAUCAAAGGGAACAUCAAUGAGGCCAUCAAGAAAUUUGAGGAAGGCUGCUCAGCCCAGCAAGCCUGGAAGCAGUUCCAUCAUAUGUGCUACUGGGAACUGAUGUGGUGCUUUGCCUACAAAGGAAUGUGGAAGAUGGCCUACUUCUACGCAGAUCUGCUGAGCAAGGAGAACCGCUGGUCUAAGGCAAUGUAUGUGUACAUGAAAGCUGCCUUCCUUAGCAUGCUGCCCCCUGAUGAGCCACGGCCUUUUGGUGAAGUAGAGGCUGAACUUUUUCGGCAGGUCUCCUCCUUCAAGCAGAAGAUUGCAGGGAAAUCACCACCCACAGAGAAAUUUGCCAUCCGCAAAGCAAGGCGCUACAAAUCCAACGACCUGGUUCCCUUACCUGUGCCAGCCCUGGAAAUGAUGUACAUGUGGAAUGGAUUUACAGUGCUGGGCAAGCAGCAAGAGCUGUUGGAAGGAACUUUGGACACUCUGAUACAGGCUGAGAAGCAGCUACAAAAGGCACCAGCCAGUGAGUACCAGGUAGAUGACCAGUGUCUUGUGUUACUUCUCAAAGGCCUAGUCUUGAAGCAUUUGCACAGUUUGGCUGAGGCUGAGGCAUGCUUCAGUGCUGUCCAUAGCAGUGAAAAGAAGAUCAGGUAUGAUCAUUACUUGGUACCCAAUGCACUACUGGAGCUGAGCCUGCUGUAUGUGGCACAAGGCCAAAAUGAAGAGGCUGUACAGCUGCUCCGCAGAGCCAAGAACAACUACAAAAAUUAUUCAAUGGAGUCACGAACGCUGUUCCGGAUCCAUGCUGUAUUGUCCAAACUCAAGGCUGGCCAGGAAGAAAAUGGCGCAGAUGGAACCAGUCCUUCCUAAGGCAUCAAGGUUCCUCACAAACUGUUCUUAGGAAUUCUUGGACCAAAGAGAGAACUGCCAAAGUACGAGGGCUUGUGAUGCUGUCUUCCUCCCAUUAGAAGAACUGUGUUGUCAAUAGUUGUUCCACUGGGCUACUGGUCUAGUGUUUGAUGUGUUGUGGUGAGAAUGGAUGGGUCUUACCUAACCGGAUUUCAGCUUCUGAAACCAGGGAGCAGCUACAAAAAUACUGCUUGCUAAUCAAUGAAGCUGACAGGAGCAGCUUAUCUUCAUUAUUCCAUGAUCAAUUCUGUCAGGGUCAACCAAGUGAGGGCUACUUUUGUCCUAUUUUCUGUCCCGUUUCAAUCUCAUAACUUUGAAAUAACCUGGAUGUUCCAGGCUCCUAAUGUUUUUUUAUUUAAUAUUUCUUGGGAAAUCCUUAUCCACUUUUUCUCAGUCUGUACUCCUUGACCAGCAAGACACAUCCGAUGGUCGGUCCUGUCACAUUGGGAGUGAGCUUAACAGUGCAAAUAAUUCAGCAAAGACUUCCAGUUUUGGCUGGAAAUAUGAUAGAACCUCAACUCUCUGCAGUGGCCUUCUUUUUCAAAAGGACAGAGAAUUUUUUUUUACAAAACUGAUCAGCUCAGUCUCUAUUUAAGGACAUUUCUAAAUGUUGGAAAGAAAUUUAAAAUGUUUACAGCAUUUGGGACAUGUGCAAACAAUCUGGCCAAAGUCCCUUAAAUCAGGAAGCAGCUCAUCAUCCUUGUACUGCAGAUUGGUGAAUAGUAACUGGACUUACACAUUUUCAAAAGCUUCUGACUACUUCCAGAAUUCUGUUCACAGGUCAAUACUUGCCCUAGUAUUUUCUUUGCUGAUAAUGUUGGCAAAACCAGCUGAUGAACCUUAUCAAUUUUCAGUCUGGCUAUUGUAUUAGCAACUAAGUAUGAUUUUACAGAUUCACUGGGGUAUUGAAAUAUGGUGUUACUUUUUUAAAAAAAGGCUAGCAGUUUCUAUGCCUUUGUUGGUAAUUCCAUCCACCCAGGACACUUCUUGCUGUACUGUUACUCAGGAUUGCUUAUUAGAUAUAUGGCUAAGCCAAUAAGCCAAUCUGGUUUUUGUUGUUCUUGUUUGCAUUCCUCCUUUGGUGUAACUAGCAUUAACAAUGAAGGAAGAGCAAAAAAAGGACAAAAUUUUUGGUAUCUCUUCUUUUGUUGUGUGGUCAUGACAUUUGAACAUGCUAUCUCUUGUUGAUU